GGGUGCGCGGCCGUAUUUGAACGGCGGGGUACCGCGCGGCUGCUGGGGCUGCGGGUUGGUGUCCCGCCGGGGCCGCCGCGCCCGGCCCCGCUAUGCCCAUCCGCGCACACUGCACCAUCUGCUCCGACUUCUUCGACAACGAGCGCGACGUGGCGGCCGUGCCCUGCGGCCACACGUUCCACUGCGCCUGCCUCAUCCAGUGGUUUGACACAGCACCCAGCCGGACCUGCCCGCAGUGCAGAAUCCAGGUCGGCAGAAAACACAUCAUCCAUAAGCUGUUUUUUGAUGUUGCCCUGGAGGAGCAGGCAACGCUGGAUGCAGAGACCUUGCAGAAUGAACUGGACAAGGUGAAGGCUGAGCUGUCUGUGAAAGAGAAAGAAAAGCGGGAAUGCCAGGCAGUUGUGGAUGGGCUGAGGGACACUCUGGAUGUGCGCAAUGCCACAAUAGAGUCGCUCCAGAAGGUGCUGGGAGAGACAGAGAUGCUGUGCUCCUCUCUCAAGAAGCAGAUGAAAUUCCUGGAGCAGCAGCAGGAGGAUAACAGAAGUUCAAAGGAGGAGGCCCGCCGCCUGCGAAACAAGCUGAAGACCAUGGAGCGCAUCGAGCUGUUGCUUCACAGCCAGCGCCCCGAAGUGGAGGAGAUGAUCAGAGAGAUGGGAGUUGGGCAGGCAGCAGUGGAGCAGCUCGCGAUCUACUGUGUCUCACUGAAAAAGGAAUAUGAAAACUUGAAGGAGGCUCGGAAGAUGUCUAGUGAGAUGUCGGAGAAGCUGAAGAAGGAGCUAUUUUCUGUCAAUAGCAAGCUGCAGAAAACAGUUUUAGAGUUGGAGAAGACAGAGGAAGAGUUAAAAAGCACCCAGAAGGAUCUGAAGAAUGCGGACAAGGAGAUCCUGAGCUUGAAGAAGAAGAUAGACAUCCUGCAGGAUACUCUGAAGGUGCCAUCCGUAACCAGAGAGACACUCAGUCGGCUCGUCUUUGAAAGCCCUGCUCCUGUGGAACUGCGGCACCCGAAGCUCCACCGCCCGGCCCACAGCGAGGAGAUCAAUCUGGAUGCUUCUUUUGAUGUCGAUACCCCUGAACAUCAGCCCUGCAGUUCUCUCUGCAGCCCUGCGAAAAGGCAGAAGCUGGAUAAAAAGCCGCCUCCCGUGGUAAAUCUAGCGAAGAAAGUUCUGAAGGAAACAGUGGAGGAGAUGCUGUCACCACAGAUCAGCCCAUCUGUAGAACCACUGUACAUGCUUCAAAGUGCUCUGCUUGCCAGUCUCUUAGAAAUGCUGCCUCAGGCCUCCUGGAAUUGGGCAGGAGAGGGAGGAUGGGGACCUACAUGCUUCUUGCUGAUUACCCUGACUCAGAUGUGCUUGGCAAACACAACAUGGGGCUGUGGGAACUGGGCAGAUGAUCCGGAGGAUGAUGCUCUUAAAGGACUGUUGCCAGCAUUCAUCAGGAACUCUGUUCUCUCCAAGAAGCCACCUUCGGGUAGCUUGCUGGGUCCACACAGGAAUGUGGGCAUUGUUAGGACGGGUUAUGAUGGCAUGGGAGGCAGAACAAAGUUCAUACAGCCUACAAACCUGGCAGAAAUCCGCCCAUUGGCAGUGAGGAGCAAGAAGAAAGUCUCAAGGCCGGCGUCUGCGGCUCCUUCCACAUCUACGUCCAGCAGCAGCCAAGCCAGACUGGACGGUUUCCUGCAGUGAGAGCCCCUGGGAGCGGCUGGCCAGGGUGGCCAUAGCAUAGAGCAUGCUUGCCCAGAGCCUGGCACGAAGCAAUGGGCAACCACUGCUCUGUGAGUGGCUAUGAUUUACAAAGCACCUAUGCUCUGUGUGGUGGGGGAGACAAGCUGCCCUGCAGUAAGCAGCUGGCCUUGCAGCAAGCCAACAGGAGACCAAGCCUCUGGCUAGUGCUUGGACUGAUUUACCCCCCUCAUUUUACCCCUUCUUCCUCCUAUUUUCAUGCAGAAUAAACACAGGGUUUUCUCAUCUUCUGGCCUGCUCAGAGCUCUGCAGUUGCUGCUGCUGUUGGGCUUUCUGACACCAGGUGGAACUGCUCUUCUUGGAUGCAGCCGCAAGCUAGAGGUGUGGGAAGGAUAUCUGGGAUGUCGGUCUGGGGUGGGAGCAGGGACCUAGACUCGCUCUAUUCAGGGGGUAAAUAGUUCCAAUAAAGUUCCCAGGAGGAAGAAGUGGGCAAGGGGAGGAACAGUGCUGGCCUGCAUUGCUGCAGGGUGGCUGUGUAUAGGCAUCAUCAAAUUAAACUUCCCUCUCCUGUGGGCCUGUGAGGGUUGGGGUCCCCACAGCCCACCCUGGGGUGUGUUCUGGUUUGGGCUAUGAAGUCCACUGUGUUUUUGCAGACUUGGUACUGAAAUUGCUGACCCGGGGAGAGGGGUGUUGGGGUGACUCCCUGCCCUGCUUGGGAAUGGGGAGAUGGGCGUGCUGAUGUGACCUCUCUUCGUGGUAUGUGUUGGAGUGAAGCUAGUUUAUGAAUUUCUAUAUUUUUUUUUAAUGAGAUUGUAGAGGUGUUUUGUUCUUUUCUGACUGCUUUGCCUAGUGCUCUGAGGGUGUGGAACAGCCUAAAGACGUGCUGAAGAACACCUCUCUUGAGGGGAGGGGGGAGACAGAUACGGCUGAACCUGUCUGGGGCUCCUCAGCUUGGAGAUCCCCUCUCACCGCACGGCUGAAGCAGGGCUGUGCAAGCUGCAAGGAACAGACUUGGUGCAGCACCUUGCACUGUACAAAUCCAUAGUGUUUGCUGUUUUCAGCUGCUUCAGGCUGGAACCUGCAGUACCUGGACUGCCUAAACCCAUGCCUUUAGGGAAUAAAAUAUAACACCAUGCACUAGUUAACACAA